UCAGUCCGUACCGCCUGCGCCCGCGCCGCUCGGUCUCUUCUAUCAGUGACGUAAGGAAUGCAUAGAACAGAAAAAAGAGUGUCGAAAACUUGCAGAGAAGAGUGUGAAAAUAAAUCUUUAGAAGUAACUUAACUUGAAUAGAACAUCUAUACCUACUCUGUGGUUUGAAAAUUUAGUUUUGUGUUAGUAGUGCAGCAGACAUAUCUGAACAUGAGUGAAGACACGUGCAAGGGAUGUCCGGAAAAGCAAAUAACAAGCAACACGGACACCAAAAGACUGGGGUGGGGUGUGCGACACAUACAAGCGGCGUGUAUGUGUGUGUGCGUGACGUCACUAUUCAUGGUGCGCAGCAGCAUGGGCGUCGCCAUACUGGCUAUGACUGACCGACGCGGCGAGAACGAGAAUAUCACGGUAUACGACUGGGACAAGAAUACUCAGGGUGUGAUCCUGUCAUCGUUUUUUUGGGGCUACGUGGUGAUGCAGGUCCCGGCCGGAGUGCUAUCCAAAAGGUUCGGAGGCAAGGCCAUACUGCUAGCGGCGCUGCUCAUCAACACCGUGAUAUCCUUGCUACUACCAGUAUUCGCUUCUCUGGGUGGGUGGCAGUUGACCUGCGCAGCACGCGUGGUAACAGGUCUUGCGCAGGCGUGCACAUUCCCCGCGUCGCACACGCUGCUCGGUCGCUGGUUCCCCGACCACGAACGAGUCAUGCUCUCUGGCUUCGUGUACUCCGGCUCUCAGCUGGGUACAAUCCUGGGUAUGCCGAUCUCCGGCUGGCUAGCAGGCACGACCCUCGGCUGGCCGCUGGUGUUCUACGCGAUGGCGGCGCAACUGUUGGCGGUGGCUGCUCUGUGGCACUUCCUUACCGCCUCCACGCCUGGUGAACAUCGGUUCAUGACGGCUCUAGAGAGGGAAUACAUUGAAAAAGGGCUGAAUACCUCGAAGAAUGAGCGGCGUGUGCGCACUCCAUGGCGUCAGAUCCUGACAGCGCGGCCGCUGUGGGGCAUCGUGUUGGCGCACAUCGGCUGUGCAUACGGCUUCGUGCUCUUCUUCGUCGACCUACCCACCUUCCUCGAAAAGGGACUCAACAUAUCGAUGCGGAGUAGCGCGAUCCUGUCAGCGCUGCCAUACAUCGGCAUGUGGGCGGGCGGCUUGUUCGCGACCAGUGCGUGUGAGCGCGUCUACAACAAGGGGCUGCUCUCCGGCCUCGCCUGCCGCAAGAUCUUCAACACCAUUGGAGCGGUUGGCAUCUCCGUGGGGCUGGUAGGUCUAGCGUUCACUGGCCCGGGACACACCACGCUGGCCAUUGUGUGGCUCGUCGCCGCGCUCACUUUCAGCGGCUUUUGCGCCGCAGGGUUCAUGGUCAACCACUUGGAUCUGUCUCCGAACUUCGCGGGUCUACUGUUGUCGCUGACUAACUUCAUCGCCAACAUCGUCUGCGUGUUCGUGCCUAUCCUCACCAGCUUCCUGCUGCAGAAUGACCCCACGGAUCUAAGCCGAUGGCGCAUAGUGUUCCUGGUGGCGGCGGGCAUGAGCGUUGUCACCAAUGUGGUGUACGUGAUGUUCGGCUCAGCAGAGUUGCAGCCCUGGGAUGACCCCGACUUCCUGGACAAGAAGGUUGCACAGCCAGAGGAGAUGAAUCCCGUGUUGACACAGGAACCGGAGAAGCCGGAGAAAUCUGAGAAGGACAACAACAAAUUGCUCGAGCGGGUUUGAAACUUGGAAUAGAUUUGGUAUGAAGAAGAUCACAAUUUCUAAAAACGGUAUUAAAGUUAACUUUUUCUCAGAAAGAGCUCGUUGCAUUGCUGAUAUUGGUCUGUAAGACGUAGACUGGUAUAUAGUUAUUUUUUAACUUUAGUAAAGUUAUAAUAUUUUUCUUUAUCUGUAACUAACCCAUAAAAAUGAGUUAUAAUGUAAAUACAUUAAUUUAUUAACACCUGACCCAAUAGAGAUAUUUUAUUAUAACAAGUUGUACUAUUAUCUUGUAAAUAUUCUGUUUAAAAACCAAAAAAAAAACAACUAACAUAGGUAAUAUAACAAAUAAUUUACAUAGAAAAUACAAAUCAAAAGUGACA